AUGCUAACCCUCCUUCGGUCUAUCAACGACGCCCUACAAGAUGGGCAUCUCAUUCAAAACAUCUUCAGUACGCGCAGCAAUGAGUUCCACUCCAAGAAUGUUAAGCCAGUUCAAAAGCUGUAUAGUCUUCAAAAUGCUCUUCAGAUCGAGAGUAUUAUGGACGACAACCUCCGUACCCUAUGCAGUCAACUCGACGCCCGCUUUGUGGAAGGCGCCAACAAGGACCAGACAUGCGAUGUUGCUGAUUGGAUCUCAUUCUUCGCAUGGGACUUCUUGGGUGAUAUGACCUGGAGCAAGCGUAUUGGCUUCAUGGAACAGGGUACAGAUGUUGGCGAUAUGCUUGGAACCGCUGAACGUGUGAUGCGCUAUUUCUCCGUGGUCGGCCAAAUGCCAGCCCUUGACAAGUGGCUCGGAAAGAACCCCAAGUGGCCACGCUCGCUCUAUAGGUUCGAUGACUUCUCCGUUGCUGCCGGCUUCUCCGUCGAGCGGUUUAUGGAGCGUAUGCAGAAACCUGAACUUGGCAACGGAAAGAAAGACUUUCUCAAUGGCUUUCUCGAAGCAAAGAAGGAGUUUCCGGACCUUGUCACCGACAACGAGGUUAUUGGGUACAUGAUCAUCAACAUUCUCGGCGGUGCCGAUACCCUUGCCAUUGUGAUAAAAGGUAUCUUCUAUCACAUCCUCAAGUCAUCAGCAUCCAAAGAACGCCUCGUCAACGAACUCCUCUCUGCAGGUCUCUCCUUCCCUGCAUCCUACACUGGCAUCGAACAGCUACCCUACCUGGAUGCAUGCAUCAAAGAAGGUCUCCGUAUGCAUCCCGUCGUAGGUCACAUUCUCGAGCGCGUCGUCCCUGCAACAGGUCUUACAUUAUCCAACGGAACGACAUUGCCGCCAGGAACAAUUGUCGGAGUGAAUCCAUGGGUCCUUCAUUACAAGGAGAGCAUUUUUGGGGCAAAGCCCCAUGAGUUCCGUCCGGAGCGAUGGCUGCAAAGUGAACGCGAAGAGUCUGGCGCGUACGAGGCCAGGAUCAAGAGGAUGAAAGACGCAGACAUGUCGUUCGGAGGAGGCAACAGGAUCUGCCUUGGCAAGCCUUUGGCACUGGUAGAGGUCUACAAGGUGGUUGCGACAGUAUUUGGAAGAUAUAAGAUCGAGCUUGAGGAUCCAGAAAAGGAAUGGGAUCUACACAAACAAUGGUUCGUAUGGCCGCAUGACAUCAAGGUCAAGCUGAGUCCACUUGAAAGCAUCAGCGCGCCAUGA